GAGGAGUGCAGCCUCGUCGUGCACCUGUCGACGGAGGGCGAGCGCGCCGUCGGUUCCACGCUCGCGGGGUCGUACAUGGUCUGCGCGCAGAACUGCUCGGGCCUGCAGGCCUGGGAGGCCAUCCAGAAGGCAAGCCCGACGCCGUCUGCGCAGGCGAGCCUGGCCUGGAACCUCUUCCCGCUCCCCUUUGCGCCCCACGCCGAGCAGACGACGGCGACCUCCUGCUCGGUGCGGGACUGCCUCGACGGCCUGGAGUUCGCGCGCGACCUCAACUGGCUCGACUACCGCUCGUUCGACGUCGAGGCGUUUGCGCUCAUGCGUCGCAAGUUCGACGCGUCCUGGAUCAUCCCUGGAGAGAUGCUGGCGCUGGGCGACCCCAGCCUGACGGCACGGAACCCGGCGUACCCGGACCUGCUGAAGCCCGCGAACGGCCCGAAGAGGGGCCCGCCGGAGGAGGCGCCCAGCGAGGAGUCGGAGGUGUCCAUGCUGAACAAGGACACGUUCGUGUCCCUGCUGCAGCGGCUCGGGGUGGGCUCCGUGGUGCGGCUCAACCGCCUCCACGAGGUCGGGGACGCGGCAAACGUCUACGAUAGCAUCUUCCAGAGUGCCGGCGUCGAGGUCGUGGCGUUCGAGUUCAACGACGGAGAGUCCCCUCCCAGAGGCCUGGUCAAAGCGUUCGUCAACGAUGCCAGGAGGCGUCGGGCCCUGACAGGGAAGCCGGUGCUGGCUCUGCACUGCAAGGCAGGGCUGGGGCUGGGCCGGACUGGCGUCGUCGCCGGCGCGUACGCCGCCGAGCUGCACCGGGUGAGCGGCAAGGCGUUCCACGGCUGGGCGCGGAUGUCGAGGCCGGGCUCCAUCCAGACCCACAUGCAGGAGAGGUACCUCAGGGCGAUAGGCGGCUCGAGCUCCCAGGGCUCGUGUUCUCCGUGCACGCAGUCGUGAGGGCGUGGGGCAGCCGGCGCCGCCUCCUCCUCCUCCUCCGGGGGCUCUCCGUUCCACUUCGAUCUCCCCCCCUCACCUCCGAUUACUACGACUGCUGCUACUACAAGUAUGUUACCACUACUGUUUCUCCUCUAUCGGCGUGCGGAUUUCACGUCGAUUUGCAGGCCUGGAGGGCUUUGCGGUUAACGACGAGGUUUGAGCGAGCAUUUGCUUGCUUGCUUCGGCGCCUUCAGGCCGCGGCAUUCUGCUCACAUCUCGGCCUUGACCCUCUACUUGGAAUAGGGCCUGCUUCGUCAGUUCCCUUAGGUGCGCUCCCAAUGACACAACUUAGGCUCGUUCACGCCAUCUCUUCGGACGGUUUCUGCUUCCGGACCCUCGAGUCAAUCUUUUUGUCUCUGCGAGCCACAUGUCCACAGUCAGCGUAACUGGAGCCCAUGGUCGGCCAGACUGGAGGCCGCAGAACCGAGGAUGCCACAGUCGGCCUAACCCGGAUGAGGCGGCGCGCUGAGCAGCCUCGCCCGGUGCAGUGGCCAUUGAGGAGGAAGAGUAGGGAACAUCCACUCAAGUGAACCUUUCU